AUGAACUUGAACCCCGAUGUCUACUCACAUCGAGCCCAGCUCGUUCUUGCAGCACUUACAGCUUCAGCAGCAACUGUCGGAAUCAUAACGGCCUACCAGCAGCGUAGCAAGAGCCAGAAGCGACGAGCUUUAGCUGAAGAUAUUCGCCGGUCCCUGGCGAGUGCACCGUCUCAAGACACUCUCGGGAAUCAGGAUAGGGUAAAACCCGCUGGGAAGAUACAGCCUGAUGACUAUAUUGAACGUGACAUUGCGCUUGGGACGAAAUUUCAGUCCGAGGACUACGAGUACGACGAAGAGCUCGUGAGGGAGCAGCUAGCGCGCAACUAUGCAUUCUUCGGAGAAGAGGGUAUGGAGAAGGUUAGGAAAGGCUCAGUUGUUGUUGUAGGAUGCGGGGGAGUAGGGAGCUGGGCUGCCAUUAUGCUUGUCCGAUCGGGGAUAUCGCGGAUCCGCUUAGUCGAUUUCGACUAUGUUACUCUAUCCUCAUUGAACAGACAUGCUACUGCCGUUCUAUCAGACGUUGGUACACCGAAGGUGAACUGUGUCGCACGCACGUUGAAGCAAAUUUCGCGAUCGACACGAGUAGACGCCCGGGUCGACAUCUGGCGGAAAGAGCAGGGCGGGGAGCUGCUUGAGGGGGCAGAUUGGGUCAUUGAUGCCAUCGACAACAUCACAACCAAGGUUGAUUUGCUCAAAUACUGCCACGACCAUAACAUAAAAGUCUUUUCCUCUAUGGGUGCUGGAGCCAAAUGUGAUCCUACACGAAUUCAAAUUAGCGACAUAUCAUACACCAUUUACGACCCUCUCGCUCGUUCAGUCCGUCGACGUCUCCGUCUGCAAGGCGUGACAUCUGGGAUCCCUGUAGUGUAUUCUACGGAAGUCCCUGGAGAUGUUAAGCUUCUCCCGUUGCCUGAAGAAGAGUUUCACAAGGGAGACGUUAAAGAGCUGGGUGUCUUCGACGACUUCCGCGUGCGCAUUCUCCCCGUCCUAGGACCUCUUCCGUCAAUUUUCGGCCUUCACAUAGCAACGUACAUCCUAUGCGAGCUGGCAGGUAAACCUAUCAUGAAUCCCCUCCCAAUCAAGGGACGCAAAAAGUUUAACGAAAGAUUAUACCGUGAUUUGCUGCACCGUGAAGAAAAGUUCACAGGGCAAAUUGUCAAUAAAUUGCCUAUCGACGAAGACGACGUUGGCCUCCUAUUUGAUGACAUUCACCGUGGACGGUCUGUUAUCCCGCCCCACCCUGUACCCUCGAGACCCUCUCUUGUACGUUGGGACCCCGCGCAGCCUCUCACGCUAGAAAAUUGCGUCGCUAUGGAACAUGGAGAAGCAGAGCGUCAUGUUGCGCAAUGUUAUUCGGGUGUGCAACGACCUGAAGACAUGUGGGGUACGGAGGCCGCAGAAGUGGUUAAACGACGGGUGGAGGAGAUCAAGAAGGUCGAAGAGUGGGUAAUGAGCCCAGGAAGUAGUUCCAGUCGUUCUCUACGAUCUGAACGCGGCCGUACGCCUAAGUCGUCAGGAAAGAGCGUGUCCUUCUCCCCUCAUUCUCAAUGUGCUGUUUCGCCAUCCACGACCGACGAGAACGCUACAUCAUCGCCCGAAUUCACUCUCCUUGGUUUGCCACGGAUCAGGUUCCCUGGGUCGGCCAAAACAGCAGCGUUCCAUGCUACAUCCAUUUCCAGCCGUUCCCCUUUCGCGAUGUUGUCGUGUGCCCCGGAGGUGCCCUCUACUCCUGCCAGAUUUGACACCGGGCGAGUGGCACAUGAGCCCCCAUAUAAUCGAAAUAAUCUGAAUCAUCUCCCUACCAACGAUGUCACCAAAAGGGGACAAUCAGAAUCUGAUUUGCUGCGUUGUGGGCAUCAUGAAAAUCCUCCACGCCAAAGCCCGUAUGCGGCAGUUUACUCCCCGGUCGACAGUAGUGGGGUCCAUGGUCGUCGCGUCCUAAAGAAGUCGAGACAUGUCAGGCCCAAAUCGAUCCUGGUGCCCAAGGGGAAGAGGCGUAGAAAACACCUCUCCGUCCGCUUCAGCCAGGAUGUGCAUUACCAUAUUUAUGGCGGAGACACGGCACAUGCUGAGCUAUUAAGUUCAAGUUCGGCAGUGGAAAAGGCGGAACGCCUACCUGAACCGCGACAUCGCCAAUCUCCAACGAAGUCUUCGCGGACAUAUUCGUCGAGUGGCGACCGAGUUCGUAGCAUGGCUCACUCAUCUAGUCGUCGAGAGGUAAGAAUGAAACGGGACGAGAUGACCGAGGUCGAACACGGCUUAAGUUCGUUGCGCAUUGCCGAGGAGAUGCAGCAAAACUGCCUAAAGUACAUCGAAUGUACUAGGAAGAAAGCCUCGACGCCGAUACAGAGCAGACAUCACGGCUAA